AUGUCGCAGAAGGCAAACUUGGCGUCUCCUCUGCGCCUCAAGGGAGGAUCGUCGUCGGUUGCUCUGCCAACAGGCCGUGGCAAGCUAGAGUCCAGUGAACAAGUUCCAGUUCCGCAGGCAUCUGAGGAGGAGAGCCAGUCGUCUGCUGGCAAGAAGUUUGUCAAUAAGUUUGCGUCUUCUCCCUUUGGAGGAGGAGGAGGAGGAGGAGGAGGCUUCAUGCCUGCUCGUACUGCUUCCUACUCCUGCCUGAACGAGCUCGUCCUCACGAAGCCGCACAAGGAGGGGGAGGAGGCGACGCUAUCGGAGGAGGCAGUGAAGCUCUUGGAGGAGAAGCUUGCAAAAGACUCCAAGUCAGCGGAGGGAGAGAUCGAGGUCGUUCCUGUGGAACAGAGGCUGAGCGUGGUUAUUGUCUCAUCUGAGGUUGCGCCUUUCUCCAAGUCCGGAGGCCUCGCGGAUGUUUGUGACAAGCUCGGAGUUGCACUUUCAAGGAUGGGGCACCGAGUGAUGACAGUUGCUCCUCUCUACUGGAGGUACGAGGGGAUCCAAGGGACCGGGAGCACGAGGGAGUUCAGAGUGUUCAACCAGAACCAUAGGGUCGAGUACUUCCACAAGUGGAGGGAGACGACUCCUGCCAAGGGAUCGGAGCCGAGCAAGGGGGUCGACCACGUGUUCGUUCAGAAUUCUUGCUAUGAGCGGUCGGGGAUGUAUGGACAUCAUGACGACCUGAUGCGAUUCGCGCUCUUGUCCUGGGCUGCCCUCGAAGCUCCGUUUGCCGUCGAUUGUGGAGGAGCCGUUUACGGAGACAACGUUGUUUUCCUCAUCAAUGACUGGAUGGUCGGCCUAGUCCCCCUCAUCAUGACGUCUCAUUACCGCCGUUAUGGUUGCUACAACAGCGCAAGAACAAUCUUCGAUAUCCACAACAUGGGAUAUUGUGGAAACUUUCCUGUUUGCAAACCUGAGGACCUCGGUCUGCCUGACGGAGCUUACUUCGACAAGCUGUUUCAUGACAAUCAGAUCAAGCUGCUAAAAGGAGGCAUCGAACUCGCCGAUCGAGUAGUUACAGUCUCGCCAAGUUACUGCGAGGAGAUCGUGACAGUAGAAGGAGGAUGGGGCUUGCAUGAUAUCUGCAGGAGCAGAUUUCCUCAUCUGGACGGAGUGCUAAAUGGCAUUGAUAUUGACGAGUGGAAUCCGUCGACAGACAAGUUUUUGUCCUCGCAGUUUCAGGGUUAUGACAACUUCUUCUCCGUCGAUGAUAUGAAAGGCAAACAAGCGGCAAAGCUUCACCUUCAGAACAAACUUGGUCUCAGGNNGGAUCCCAAUGUUCCCAUCGUAGCUUUCAUCGGACGACUUGCCUAUCAGAAAGGCAUCGACGUGAUCGAGUCAAUCUUUGGCUGGCUCAUGAACGGCGACCCCAACGGCGUGACAGGCUACGUGCAGCUCAUUAUGAUGGGAACUGGAGACGAGAAAUAUGCCAACUUCCUGAGAAACGCUGAGAACAACAACAAAGGAAGAGUCGUUGGUUACGUUGGGUUCACGUCUGAGCUGGAGCACAAGAUCAUUGCAGGAGCAGACAUCCUUUUGAUGCCGUCGAGGUACGAACCAUGCGGACUUCCUCAGAUGUAUGCCCAGCGAUAUGGAACUGUGCCGGUGGUACACGCGACAGGAGGGCUGAAAGACUCUGUGCAGCAGUACGACCCCUUCCAGGGUACGGGGACAGGCUGGAAAUUCGACAGAUGUGACGCGGAGGGGGUCAAGUUCGGUCUUUGGCAUGCGCUCAACACCUACAAGAACCACAAGGAGGCAUGGCAAGAGCUGGUGAAACGCUGCAUGCAACAAGACUUCUCCUGGAAUCGCUCAGCAAAGAGGUACAUGGAGAUCUUCGGGUGGGCCAAGAUCGACCCUCCUUUCCAUCAACCUCAUCGAUUCUAAUGAACAUCUCGCCCCAUU